AGCUAGCAAUCUGCCCUUCCGAAAAUGGCGCUGUCCUGUGUGGCGGUAUGCCGCGGUUUGUCUGUGGCAUUGUACGGAAUCAGAAUUAAUGGGGUCACAGUUAUAUACUCCUCUUUCACGGCCACCUCUGGAGCAAGGUAUGACAACUCAUGCAAGACGUUAUAUACUUGUAUCGUGAUGUUGUGUAGUUAGUUGUCGAGACGCUGUUAUGUGGCACUUCUCUGGAGUAAACUUCUUGACUGUUCGAUCUGGGCAGGCAACACCCAACCACUGUUCACUGUCGGAUAAAGGCUAGCUAUACAAUAUUUUGCUGUUACUACUACAUACAUAGGGCAAGUAAAUAACGUUACUCGCCUAGUCCUAGAUAUGAAAUGCUGUCACAGUUCUACAGCUGUCUUCUGUACAAAUCCUAACAUUAGAUGUUUGGCAUGACAACCACCAUGAGAGUUGUUGGACAGAAGACGGGACAAAUAGAUCUGGACCAGCUUGUAAUAUUAAAGUUCUGUCUUUUUAUCUUAUUUUGACACUGUCUGAGUUGUCCUACAAACAGUACUACUUUUAACGACAAGUCAAACUCUUAAAAGCUUGAAUGUAUGGUCUGCUCUUGUUUCAUUACCAUCUUUUUGUGUCCUUUACAGACUGCCGCUGUACAGACACUACUCAUCCCCCAAAUCCAGGCUAGGGAUUGGCCUGCAAGUUGUGUCAAGGCUGCAAGAGGCCAAUGCCAAAUAUGAACUCUUCCUCCAAAGAUGUUUUCCUCGCUUUUAUGUUCUCCAUCACACUUUUACGAGAGGUAAGACUCCACUUGCCAUAUAACUAUGUUAAACUUUGUAAGUGAUAUUGAUUGGUCAUCAAACCUCCUUAGUUUAUCCUUUGUUUGGCAUGAUGCAUCUCUUUAUUUCUCUGUUUACAGAUCUACAUUACCUUAGAAAAUGAUCUGGAUACAGUAAACCAAUAAGAUCUCAUGUUUGAAGGCAAAAUACACAAAUGUGGCAUAGCUCAAUAUGUAACAAUCCCAUGCAUCACAUAGGCAGGCUUCUGUGCUGCCACUACACUGAAAAGUAGCCAUCUUUUGUAUUAUAAUUCUUCAGGUAUUCAGCUCCUUUUCCAAGAUGCCAAAGAGGUGAAGGUGAUAAAAACAAGGAUGCUCACCAACAGUGUCGAAGUCCAGGACUUGCCCUAUCGUGAUAUGGAGAAACUCAGGCAGGUCGGUCGAGGCUAGGGCAUACACUUGAAUAACAAGGAAAGUUAUUGAUAAUGUGGUUAGCAGUCGUUGUAAUCUGCAUAAAAGGCUUUGAACUGUAACACUUCGACCUGUAAUACAUAGUGAUACUUUUGCUAUGUCUGCAUGUCCAAGUCUGAAAAGUUCACCUUAGCAUGGGUAGUAAAUUGUAACUUUUUCUAUUGUUUCGCAGUUUCGCAGAGACAUGAUCAAAGCCAUCCCGCUGCUGUUAAUUUCUAUUCCUCCAUUUGCCAACUACCUGGUUUUUGUCCUAAUGUGAGUUAAUUUCAGUAAUCUCCUCAACAUCCUCAUUUGAUUCAUAUUUAGUUAGAAAAUAGCCUAAUUCUCAAGUCAAUGGGAGUUAAAAUGUCAAAUCAUUGUACACAUAUGCCCCCAAUGAUAAUACAUUGUGCCCCCCCCCCCCCCCCCCCCCCCCAUACAAUGUAUUGAAACCCCCUCCCUCCCUGUGUCCUGUCUUCCCUUCAUCUCCCUGCCUUACAUAUUCCUCCUUCCAUCCUCCAUCUGGCCCUCGUCCAUCUGUUCCUCCUCUCUUUUUCACAUCUAGGUACCUUUUCCCCCGCCAGCUCCUGAUCCGCCACUUCUGGACCCCCCAGCAGCAGACUGAGUUCCAGGGAGUGAACCAUUCCCACAGGGCCCAACACCACUGGGCAGUGCUGAAGGGGCUUGAGAGUGCAGGUUCACAUGUCAAAGAUGGCUGCCUAAAGAUCAGCCUACUAGACCUCUGCAACAAGGUGGGUGAUACAGAAACGCUUAACCCCUCCCUUACAUACGUCACUCUCAUGUUCAAAUGUGUCCAUUGUCCAACAUUUUGUUUGGCAAACAUGGAUAUGUUUUCCCAUAGAUAACUGUAAUGCAGAUAAUAAAUGCCUCAAGACACUGUCUGACCAGUCCGUGUUUUUUUAGGUGCAAAGUGGGGUACACCCUAACAUAUCUGACAUCCAGGCGAUUCGAGGCUUGUUUUCUGGACCUCCCCUGAGUAUCAAGAGAAUAAACGCAGAUCAGAUGGUCAGUUUUUCCUGGUAGUCUUUAUUCAGAAAGUCCUUGGGUUUACUGUAUGUAUAUCAGAAUCACUAUAUUGGGCUCCCGAGUGGCGCAGUGGUCUAAGGCACUGCAUCUAAGUGCUUGAGGCGUCACUACAGACCCCCUGGUUCGAUUCCAGGCUGUAUCACAACCGGCCGUGAUUGGGAGUCCCAUAGGGCGGCGCACAAUUGGCCCAGCGUCGUCCGGGUUUGGCCGGUGUAGGCCGUCAUUGUAAAUAAGAACUGACUUGCCUAGUUAAAAAGGUAAAAUAAAUAAAUACAUUUGUCUCAGCUGAAAAAUAUUACAUCAACAUAAGUCCCUCUCACUCUCCAGAGGCAACUCUGUCCCCUGUUCUUCCUGACUCCCCACCUCCCAACCCCCAUGAUUGGCACUCGACUGAACAGCCACGCCAUAGAGCUGCUACAGCUGGACCGUGCUCUCAGCAGACAUGGCCUGCACCAGUUGGAUGACUCUGAGCUGAGACAGGUCAGUGCACAUCACUUGACCUCCUAAAGAUCUAUGUAAUUGGAAUCAUAUCAGCAAAAACCCACAUGUACAAAUAGAACACAUACUAGUCAUUUGUCACAUUGAUGUAUCAUAUUGAUGAUAACUUGACCCUGGUCUUGUCAGGCAUGCUAUGUCAGGGGACUUGACUCUGGCAGUCUCAGCGUCAACCAGUGUCAGGAAUGGCUUUCACAGUGGCUCCAGUUUUCCUCUCGCCUGAAAGGUAUCUAAUCUCCCUCUCCCGAUUGCAUUGUCUGUUCGGUUAAAAUAUUUUUGUGGGGGAGGAGGGUGAUGUUUGUCCUCAUGCCUCUCUUCUAUGUCCCUCUGUCCCAGAGUCGGAGGUCUCUCUGCUUGUGCACAGUAUGGUCUUGCUUUCUGCCAACUACCCAAAGCCUUCCCACCUAUUGACAGGAAGGAACAAGGAGUGAUCUGCCACUUCCAUUAAUUCAGCCAUCUCUCACCAUGUGGGGCAGGGCAACUUUCCCAUAGGGUGUCAACAUCUGCAGUCUACCAACAGAAGAAAUACCAAGCUUUACAACUCACAUCUCACUUUUAGAAGGUGAUUACUUAAUGCAGUGGAUUUAUUUGGUGAAGGAAAUGUGAUAACAUAACAACUGUUGCAAUCUCGAACUGGUCAAUGUUUUCAGGCUCAAAAUCAAAUCAGUUAUUUGUCACGUGUACAGGAUACAGCAUGUGUAAAUGGAACAGUGAAAUGCUUAUUUGCAAGCUCUGCUCAAGUGCAGUACUUAGGCUUGAAUGUAGUUUUGUUUACUUGUAAAGCUGAUGUUUUGUCAUAAGAUGUGGAGAAUGUGUAGCAUAGCUGGGGGGAAAAAAUCUUAUGUUCAGCUAACCAUAUUAAUACAGGUAACAUUUGAAAAGUAGUUUGCCAACAAGUCUGCCGACAUUCCAACCCACACCUACUAUAUAGCCUUUUUGGAGAGCAUAUGGUGUCAUUUUACUGGUCAUAUAUACAGGGGGUGGUAGUACUUGGUACAGUAGUAAGUAAGCUUUUGAGAUUGGGAAUUGAGAGUAGAUAGUACAUAUGUACUAUGGAAUGUUGUUACAUACGACAGCAUUGGCAUGCAACAUUAGGUGCAAUUGUACGGUGAUAUUGAAUCUCAGGACACUGGGGAAUAAUAUGCCAUUUAGCAGACGAUUUAAUCCAAAGCGAUUUAGUCAUGCGUGGUCCUGGGAAUCGAACCCACUACCUUGGCGUUA